AUGUCGGACUCGUUGACGUUCGCUAUCAAGUUUGACGAGAAAUCCGAAGGCGGGCAUACUUUGUUCAUCCGAGAGCACAAAACAAGAGUCGAAGAGGCUCAUAGGCCCACUGGGCGUACUAUCAUUGUCUGCAAUAUUCCCCCAUGGUGCCCAAAGAAUAGCAUCAAAGCCAAUUUCGUGCGAUUUGGAAAGAUCCAAGACAUUCAACUUCAACUCAAGCCGGGAAAGAAACCUGAAGAGGAGGAAGAUACGCGAAAUAGAUUUUCAGUGGCAUAUAUUGUCUACGCUGAAGAGGCGUCGAUAGAAAAGCUCAAGAAAACCGCGAAUGCUAAGAAGACGAAGACAAUGUACGCGAGUACAGUCGAGCAUACUGUAAUUACUGGUUACCCACUUUUCUGCGCAGAGUACAACCAGUCUUUCCCUGAUAUAAAGAAGCUUCAAACUGAAAUUAACGAGUUCAUGGCAAAUUUCGACGAAAAAAAGACCGAAGAGGAGAUGGAAGCAGAAGAUGGCUGGCAAGUCGCUGGCAAAAAGAAAUUCGUGCGUUUGACUGAAGCGGAGCAAAAUGAGAUGAAAAAGAAGGUCGCUAAAAAGCGAAAGAAGGAUCAACAGUUGAAUUUUUACUCUUUCCAAAUACGCGAGAGCAAGAAAAACAAGAUCGUGGAAAUGAGGAAAAAGUUCGAGGAAGAUAAGAAGAAGAUCAACAGAAUGAAGCAGGAGCGAAAGUUUAAGCCUGUGGCAUCAUAA